AAGCAAGUUUAAAGAAAGAAAAAAUGAAGGGAAUUUUGAUAGAGUUGUCGAGAAGAGUUGUAAGACUCCCAAAUAAUAUUGUGAAUGGACGAUUGUAUUGCUCUCCUCCUUCAUCUUCUUCUCUACCUCCCAAUAACAAGCUCUUCGUCGCUGGUUUGUCAUGGUCUGUGGAUGAAAAAUCGCUCAGUGAUGCAUUCUCCUCUUUCGGGCAAGUAACAGAAGUAAGGAUAAUGUAUGAUAAGGAAACUGGUCGAUCAAGGGGAUUUGGGUUUGUUUACUUCUCAAAAGACGAAGAGGCCAGCAGUGCAAAAGACUCCAUGGAUGGAAAGGCUUUUCUAGGUCGUCCAUUGAGGGUAAGCUUUGCCCUUGAAAAGGUCCGCGGUGCACCUGUUGUUGUUCCCCGACUUACAGGCACUGGAAAUGCUGAUAGAAAAACUCGUUGAGUUUUGUUUGCGGUAGUGUCCCUGGCAUUGAGGAGUGGUUUUCUGCAGCAUUUUUUUGGUUUGGUGAAUAUACCUUAUGUUACUGGAUCAAUUACCUGAUUACCUCCAUGAACGCUUAAUAAAAGGCGUUCGUUCUUUGCAAAAGCUACCAGGAAAUGAAGCUAGUGCUGGGGUGGUCUUGUGGGAAUUCACAUUAUGUUGACUUGAGUUUGUACUUACUAUACUACCACAAAACAAUUAGAAAUCUUAUGCUGCAACCAGGAAAUUGGUGCAGCUCUCUUUGUGUACCCUUCAUUUGGUUGUUGGUUAUAGUUACGCAGGUAAGAUUUAGUAAUUCAUGUAUUAGUUAUUCAUCAUAACUUAUACAUGCAUUAGUUAAGCGGAAUUGUAAAUUGAUAAUCAAACGUAUGUUGAAUUUAUAUUCAUUAAUAUAGUAAGGUUGUUUGGUG